GUUUGUUAUCAAGUGCAUUUAUAAUUCUAGCACAAAUGAAGCUUGCAACCUUGCCAAUUUCAGGAAAUGCAUCAUUCCACCUAACCGAUAAUUUGAUGUCCGCCUAUAAAACUAAAGUUUUUUGAAAGGAAACCGAUAUUUUUUCAUGCAAAUAGUGCAACAUGCAUUUCCUCGAAUUACUUCCACUGUUGAUUUGCAUUUUUCGGCCAACUGUGGCCGAUGAGUUGCCGUCUUUUAUCCACGUUUGCCACCGAAAUGACCCCAAUUUGGAGCAGUGUUUGGUCGCAGCCGUGGAGGACAUAAGGCCCUAUUUAGUCACAGGUGUUGCUCAGUACAACAUUCCAAGCAUCGAGCCCUUGAUUUUCCGCGACUUGAUAUCGGAGGAAGUAGCUGGUAUCAAAAUCGUCACUUCUAAUGUGAGCGCCUACGGUUGCAGCGACUUUUUUGUCAGAGAAUUAACCAUUGAUAAAGACUCCCACACUUACCACAUUCACGUGGAUAUUCCCAAAUUGCGAAUUUUCGCCGAUUAUACAGUCGAUGGAAAAUUGCUCCUGCUUCCGGUUAAAGGCAACGGAAAUAUGGAAGCAAACGUGACUGACUGUGUUUCAACCUGUGUGCUUAAUGGGGAAUUAUAUGAAAAAAAUGGUGAGACUUAUUUGAAAUUUGUUUCGAGUCAGUUAAAAGUUAAAGUGGGUGGUGGACAAGUCCAGCUCGAUAACUUGUUCAAUGGAGAUAAAGUUUUGUUGAAAGUGAUCAAUGAUAUUGUCAACAGAAAUUUGGAGGCUUUUCUUCACGAAUUGAUGCCUGUGAUUGAGAAAGCUCUUUCGGCAAUAUUUAUGGAAAUUGGGAAUGACAUUGUUGGGUCUUUUACGUUUAACCAGUUGUUCCCCGAAUACGGCAAAAUGUACAAUUACGACAGAUUUUACAUGCGGUGUUUGUAUGGCUAUUUGCUCUUGGUCAUAGUCUUUUACUUUAUCGUGGACUUGAAAGAAGACAGAGCACCAUAUAUCAAAGUAUGCAAGUCGUCAGAAGCCAACCUCGCGAGCUGUAUCAUCGAUUCGGUGAACUUGCUGCGACCUAAACUGAAAGAAGGGAUCCCUGAACUGAACGUGCCCCCAAUUGAGCCGCUCCCUCUCGACGAAGUCAAGCUCCGGAGUGGCCCCAGCAACGCCAAAAUCAACGCCAACAUCACCAACAUCAAAGUAUGGGGGCCCUCGACGUUCGAAAUCCUUGAGCUGAAGCCGAAUUUGCCCAAAGCCAAGUUCGCGUUCAAAGUCAGGAUCCCGUCGUUGCACUUCGAAGGCGAUUACGACAUUGACAUGAAAAUCCUGGUUUUGGAGUAUAAGGGCGUGGGCCCCAUUACGGGCAAUUUCACGAAUUACAGCUUUGACUGCAUUUUGAAGGGGAAUCGGAUCCAGAAAGACGGGGAGGAGUAUUUGAAAUUUGAUAAAAUGCGGCUGAGGUUGAAUAUUGGGCACUCGAGGAUUACGUUGGGGAAUUUGUUUAGGGACGACCCUAUUAUUGGAAGGGCCACCAAUGAUGUUAUUAACGACAACACGGAUUUGUUUAUUAAUGAGAUUAAACCGGUCUUGGAAAAUUCGCUCGCUGAGAAAUUCACCGACAUUGCGAAUAAAAUCACGUUGAAAUUUACGUAUAAGGAAUUGUUUCCUUGAACGCUGUAGAAGUGUGUUUCUUAGCUGUGAGAAUUAAAUAUUGUUGUAAGAUUUCUAUUGCAUUUAUUAUACUUUUUUGUUAA